AUGCGAGACAAACUUCUUCACUCCUCUUUCUGGCCGUUACGAUUUUACGAUUUACGACGUUUGUUUACCGGAGUUGUUUCCACUCCAGCCCUCCCACCUUUUCCAUACGAAAUGUCUCUCCGCGGCACCCCGAACAUCCCGGCAACACCGCGUGUAAUAUCCCCCAGUCCUACCCCUUCAGACACCCAGGACGGUUCGCAAGAUGACUAUUCGGGGCCUGUGACAUGCUCAGCGGCUCGAAGGCGACAGACAGGCAAUAUCGCUCCUCAAGUGCCCAUACAAGAGGGUAUCGAUGAGGACGAGUCGGAUCCCGAACUCCGCCGCGCCCGGACGCGGUCUCGCAGUCCCAUCAACUCACGCAAAGUCGCUCGUCUCGCUUCCGUCACGGAUGAUCGAUCUAAGGAUGCCCCCAAGGUCCAAGGCCAAGAUCUUACAACGCACGCAAAUGGCCUUGUAACGACGUCGAACGGGCACCUUGCGCCGCCCACGCCUGCCACCCCCUCCGGCUGGAGUUGGCGUGACUUCAGUCGCAGCCCGAGCCCACUGGGCUUGAUUCCAAUACAUCGUCAUUUCAAGACAUUAAUACACAAGCAUGAGGUUCCGAGAAAGGUCUUGCACGUAUCUAUUGGCUUCUUGGUCUAUUGGCUAUACGUGACAGGAACACAACCGUCCAGGGUUACGCCGUGGCUGAUGGGAUUUCUGAUCCCUAUAGCCUCGACCGAUAUUUUACGCCACAAUUUCGCGUCAAUCAAUCGUAUCUACGUCAAGUGUCUAGGCGCAUUUAUGCGCGAGAGCGAAUACUCUGGUUACAAUGGCGUUAUUUGGUAUCUUCUAGGCGCGUGGAGUGUCCUAUACUUCCUUCCGAAGGAUGUAGCAGUUGUCUCGGUCAUGUUACUGAGUUGGUGCGAUACGGCAGCCAGCACUUUCGGUCGUUUAUAUGGCAGAUACACACCUCGUAUUAGACGAGGUAAAUCGCUCGCAGGCUCGACCGCAGCUUUCGUGGUCGGUGUCCUCACAGCUGCAUGGUUUUGGGGAUGGCUUGCGCCGCGUACUCCCUCUUUCCCCGGAGACGAUCAGAAUCCGUUCAUGUUCAACGGCUAUUUAAGAUUACCCGCAUCAGCUGCGAAUCUGCUUGGACUUGGUGAAACAGACGCAACCAUCAGCGGCGCCGUCGCCCUGGGUGUGAUGAGCAUCUGCUCCGGGCUUGUUGCAGCAUGCAGCGAGGUUGUUGAUAUUUUUGGCUGGGAUGAUAAUAUUACAAUACCCGUACUGAGUGGCGUCGGCAUUUGGGGGUUUCUCAAAGUUUUCGGUUGA